AUGCUGCGGUUCCUGCGCCGGACCUUUGGCCGCCGCUCCAUGCAGCGCUACGCUCGGGGCGCGGCGGGGCGCGGGGCCGCCGGGCUGGGGGACGAGCGCGACGGGGGACUUCGGGGGGGCCCGGCCGCCGCCGCCGCCUCUUCGGUGCUGCCCGCUGCUCCCGGGGGCAGCGUGUUCCCGGCUGGCGGCGGGCCCCUACUCACCGGAGGAGCUGCCGUGCACAUCUCCGCAGCCGGCGCGGCCAAGGCCACCCUCUACUGCCGCGUCUUCCUGCUCGACGGAACCGAAGUGAGCGUGGACCUGCCGAAGCAUGCCAAAGGCCAGGACUUGUUUGAUCAGAUUGUGUACCAUUUGGACCUGGUAGAAACAGAUUACUUUGGCCUCCAGUUCCUCGACUCUGCCCAGGUUGCGCACUGGCUGGAUCACUCCAAACCCAUAAAGAAGCAGAUGAAAGUUGGACCUGCUUAUGCUUUGCACUUUCGAGUUAAAUACUAUUCUUCAGAACCGAACAACCUUCGAGAAGAGUUUACAAGGUACCUGUUUGUUUUACAACUCAGGCAUGACAUUCUUUCUGGAAAAUUGAAGUGCCCCUAUGAAAUAGCUGUGGAAUUGGCUGCUCUCUGUCUACAAGCGGAGCUUGGGGAAUGUGAGCUUCCAGAACACACACCAGAGCUUGUGUCUGAGUUUCGGUUCAUCCCAAAUCAGACAGAAGCAAUGGAAUAUGAUAUCUUCCAAAGAUGGAAAGAGUGCAGGGGAAAGAGCCCUGCCCAGGCGGAACUCUCCUAUCUGAAUAAAGCGAAGUGGCUGGAAAUGUAUGGGGUAGACAUGCACGUUGUCAGGGGAAGAGAUGGCUGUGAAUAUUCUCUUGGACUGACCCCGACAGGCAUAUUAAUCUUUGAAGGAGCUAACAAAAUAGGCUUAUUCUUUUGGCCCAAGAUCACCAAAAUGGACUUUAAAAAGAGCAAACUGACGCUUGUGGUGGUGGAAGAUGAUGACCAGGGCCGUGAGCAGGAGCACACCUUCGUGUUCCGGCUGGACAGCGCGCGCACCUGCAAGCACCUGUGGAAGUGUGCCGUGGAGCACCACGCCUUCUUCCGCCUGCGCGUGCCCGGGAACAGCAAGUCCACCAGAUCGGACUUCAUCCGGCUGGGCUCCCGCUUCCGCUUCAGCGGGCGGACUGAAUACCAAGCUACUCACGGCACCAGGCUGCGCAGAACCAGCACCUUUGAGAGGAAGCCUAGCAAACGCUACCCGUCCCGGCGGCAUUCCACCUUCAAAGCAAGCAAUCCCGUGAUCGCUGCUCAGCUCUGCUCUAAAACAAAUCCUGAAGUCCAUAAUUACCAGCCUCAGUACCAUCCUAAUGUCCACCCCAGCCAGCCUCGAUGGCGCCCUCACUCUCCCAAUGUCAGGCCAUGCUUUCAGGAUGACAGGCCACAUUGGAAAGCUUCGCCCAGUGGAGAUGACAGCCACUUUGACUAUGUCCACGACCAGAACCAGAGGAACUUGGGAGGGACGCACAGUGUCACAUAUCGGGACAAACUCAUGACUGCACUUUGAGAGACUGAAGCAUCUUCCAGCCACCACUGUGGCGUCCUUGCAUGCCAUGCGAAGUGUCUGGGCACCUUGUGGAUGUGUGUGUACAAGUGUUUUUAAGGAGUGGUUCUGAGGAGUGUUCUUUGUCUCCAUGUAAAUAUUUGAAAAUAGCCACCGCAGAGAGGUAUAAAUUGACUGUUGACUGCAUUUCAGUGAAAUGAAGGUAGUUAAAGGCUCAGGAAUCAUUUCCAUAUUCUGAUUUCACAAGUAGGGUAACAGUCUGUUUAUCAUCUUGCUUUGUAAAUGAUACUCAUUGUUAUUUAAUUCUUGGGACUAAAUAGAUCCAAAAAAGCUUGGGGAGACAGCUUGGCAUAUGGUGCUGUUGUAGGAUAAAGAUUGCUAGGGUCUAGCCUCCACUACCAUGUGACCUGAGAUGGGUCAUUUCCCCUUCAUUGGCCUCAUUUCCCUGCCUGAAAAUAAUUGUUGGACUAAGUGAACUCUAAGGUCCUUUGUAAGAUUCUGUGGUUUAUUAAAAUUUAAUUUCUUACUUAGGUUGAGGACACACAUUCAGACUAACUUCCCAUCAGGGAAACCACACUACCCGCUUCUGCAGCAGAAGCUCAGCACACUUUGUGACUAAUGAGAGGUGAUGUAAAUACAGGGAGACUUUGGAGCUCCUCUCUUCCAGCAGUUUCGGUCUUCAUACUAAUCAUAAACUGCAUAGCCUGUUGUGAUAGAAUUUGCUGCUCAAGUAUGAGGAUAAUUUGUAAUGUCUUAAUGAUCGGUGCCACUAGCCUGCGUGAUUUCAGGAGACAUCAUUGUGAAUACACUCUGUCGGAACUAGGGGGCUGGAUUUCAUUCUAGACUUCACUCUGAAAAGCAGUGUGCGAUCGAGACACCCUUAGCAUAUAAAUAAAGCCCAUCACAUUUACCAGGUCAUGCCAAAGCACUCUUUACCAGAGGUGGGAGGGUCAUGGCUCCCGUCUUUUUGUAGAACCUAAAAGCCAACAUGUUAGGGGUGAAACUUGGACCAAAAUAUUUAUUUCCCCUAUUUCAAGCACUGCAGUAAACCUUUUUACUCUUAAUAGGUAAGUCUGAGAUUUUUUUCAUUAGUGCUUCUAUGAAAUCAGUUAAUUAUUGUGCCAUUUAAACAUAUGUGAUUAUAAUUUGGCUCAUUUUAAACCCUUAAAAAUGUCUUUCUGAGAUGUUUUCUUGCUAAAAUCUGAUUUGGGGGGGGGGGCUACCACAAAAGUCUGUUCAGAGGAGGGAACCAACUGAGUACCUUGCCCAGGGGAGCUGAGCACCUCCAGGCUCACCCCAAGAUCCUUGUUUACUGGUGGAUUCCAUGUCAGCAGAUGUUUCCGUCCUCAGUGUAUAUGCUGCGUCCAAAUGCACAUGUUCUGGAUCUUUCCAUCUUACUGGCAACAUUUUACAAAUGUGUUUCCAUGGAAUAAAGAUUAUUCUUGCUUUUUUCGGA